AUGAGAAAUGGCAUGGCAAUCACAGAAUUUAUCAUCCUAGGCUUUCCUGGUAUCCAAAGAGUACAAAUCCCUCUCUUUACAGUGAUCUUUUUCAUCUACAUAACAACCCUUGCAGGCAAUGGGCUCAUUAUUGCCAUGUCUGAGCCCAGGCUACAAAUUCCAGUAUACUUCUUCCUUUGCCACUUAUCCUUCCUAGAGACAUGGUACACCACCGCAGUCAUCCCUAAACUGCUAGAAUCUUUUGUGGUGGCAAAAACAGCUAUCUGCAUCACCUUAUUCCACUACUUCCUGGGCACCACUGAGUUAUUCAUCCUCACUGUCAUGUCCUUUGACCAGACAGCCAUCUGCCAGCCCCUUCAUUAUCCCACAAUCAUGACCACCAACCUCUGUCUGAAACUGGCCUUCAGCUCCUGAGUGGUGGGCUUCACCAUUGUGUUUUGUCUGAUGAUGUUGCUCAUCCAGUUGCCAUUCUCUGGCAACUAUGUCAUCAGUUAUGUCUAUUGUGAUGUUGGCCCUAUCUUGAAAACAACCUGUGCAGACACAAGCAUUUUGGAGUUCCUGGGUCUCUUGGCAACCAUACUGGUGAGAAAGGAUUGUGGAGAAGAUAAAGAUGGGAAAGCAAACUAUGAUAGUUAG